AUGGAGAAAGACACCCCCAACUAUCAGACUUCUGCUGGAAUUGAAAAUGAGGAAAUUGACGGCAACUGUAUGUGUGGAUUAAGUAGCAGACAAAGAAGCAAGGUCAGUGGGACACAGCUCUCUGCAGCAGAACGUGAAACAAUGGAUACUUCUCCUCCUACAAAUUCUUUUAAUCAAGGAAUGCUGGAGCUGUGUGUAGAUAAACCUCCUCAGAACCUACCAGGAUUGCAGGAAGCAGGUGAGACCCCCUCCAAAGAUUUCCGUGUAAAGGAAGGCCUAUCACACAGCCAAGAAGAGCCAUGGAAAGGUCAAUCAGAAGAUUGCAGGGGAAUAGAAUCCUUUGACAAAAAUGAUCAAUCAUUGGAAACAGAUGUAGAGAGCAAAGAUGAGCAACUGGGGUGGCUAGACACAAUGAGAAGAAAGGAGACUUCUGAAAUAGAAUCAAAUGAAGAUAAGACUUGCACAGUGCAGGAUGGGAGUAAGUUCCACCCAACAGAGGAAAAGCACUGGGACCAACAUAUAGCAACCCAGGGAAAACAAGACAGCAAAGACUUGUCUGUUUUGGAGCCUGGCAUUUCCAACAAAACUUUGCAAGAGUUUAAGAAUGCAUUGAAAGAAAGUCCACUGCUAAGCACCUGGACCUGGGACAGUAGCGAACUCAGGGCUGCCUCUUGCCACGCACUGCUGAAGUCUAGGGAAAAACAAAGUCAAUGUAUGGAAACUCUUCCUCCUCAUCUAAGAGGCAUUGACCAGAAAGUCCCCAUUCUGCACAAGCAUGGAUCUGGGCAAGGAGGGAAGCCCCAACUGGUUCACAACUCUGCUGGGUUGGAGAAACAGCAAUCAAAAAGUGAUGAUAUGGAACAUUCUGUUGGGAGGCAACAGACCCCUUUCCCAAAUGUUGUCAGUACUCUGCCUACUAAGUUUGAGCACCCAUCUGAAUACCGCAGAGAUUCCAGUGAGAAGAAACCGGGCAGUGGCAAUUUUCUUCACUUCGCCUCUGAGAUUGAGCACAUUGAGGAACAGAUGGCAAGGGACAAUGUCCGUUUUGUCAGGUUUGAAACCACAGAUAUCCAUGGCGUGGCAAGAUCCAAGACCAUCCCUUCUCGCUUUUUCCGGACCAAAGCAAUCCAUGGUGUUGCCAUGCCAAAAGGCUAUCUCGAGCUGACACUGGAUUCAAGGGAUCGUGAAACAAGUCACAUUUUGACAAGCAGUUUUAAUUGCGACAUCAUUCUGAGACCUGAUCUAUCAACAUUCCGGAUCUUACCUUGGACUGAACAAACAGCAAGGGUGAUAUGUGAUCCAUUUAUAGUGAUGGGCAACCCUCUCUUGACAUCACCCCGGCACAUUGCCAAGCAGCAGUUGAGUCAGCUCCGGGACAAUGGCUUUGCAUUGUAUUCCGCCUUCACUUACGAAUUCUGUAUUUAUGGUAUUGCUGAAAUUGUAAAUUCAAAGACAAUAUCUUUUCCUGCUGCCACCCUACUCAGCAAUCAUGACCAGUCCUUCAUCCAGGAACUCAUGGAUGGCAUGUAUUCUGCUGGGGCAAACAUUGAAAGCUUCUCUUCUUCUGCUGGGCCUGGACAAAUGGAGAUCUCUUUUCACCCAGAGUUUGGCCUGGGUGCAGCUGACAGUGCCUUCACUUUCCGGACAGGCAUUAAAGAAGUAGCCAAAAAGUACAAUUAUAUUGCCAGCUUUUUCACUGAGGAUGGAUUCUAUAAUUCAGGCAUUCUGACCCAUAGCCUUUGGGAUAGCAACAGGCAGAAUAAUUUGUUUGCUUUGGGUUCUGGAGCCCCAGACCUCACUGAUAUUGGGAAGAAUUGGCUUGCAGGGCUACUGGUACAUUCUGCAGCUCUUAGCUGCCUGAUGGCCCCAACCGUCUCCUGUCGCAAAUGCUACAGUGGGUGUAGCAAAGGCUCUAAAGAGGCUGUGGUUGCCAAGGGAGCAUGGAAUGAUAACACCUGUGCCUUUAACAUCCAAAAUCAUGGUGACAAGGGGACUUGGAUAGAAAACCAGCUUGGCUCGGCAACUGCAAACCCUUACUUGGUGCUAUCUGCUACGAUUGCAGCAGGUCUGGAUGGUGUAAAGAGAAAGCUCACUUUCCAGGAGGCAUCAGGGAAGAUCCAGAGCUCCACUCUGAUGAAAGGAGGCAUGAUCCCUCUGAAGCUGGAAGAUGCUCUUGUGGCUCUCCAAGAAGAUGAGUGCAUCCGGGAAGCACUGGGGGACUAUUUUGUCCAGUAUUUUGUCAACAUAAAGCAAUAUGAGGUGGAAACUGAGGAAAUGGAUGCAGAAAGGAAUAAAUUUUUAGAAUAUUUUAUCUAG